AUGUCUGCCAACGGCGACAGUGCUCACGGCUUUGAGCUGCCGUCGGCAUCGGCCUCGACGUUGAUGACGGCAGCCGCUAUCGCCAACUUUUCCCAAAACCACGGUCAACAACAGCACCUAUCCGUACACCACAGCCACAGCAGAAGCAAGAGCAAGACCAGAAACAACGAUAAGAUAGCUUCGGUCCCGAUCUCGGCGCCCGUCACUGCUGCCCCUCCUACCACUGCUGCCACAACCUCGACGGCCACCGCCGCCGCUGCCGCCCUACUCCCCGCGCGACGACCGCGGCACCAGAUCACGCGCUCCAUCACCGAGUUCUCGCCGCCGCUGAGGAUGCAUCGGCACCGGCACAGUCACCACCACCACCCGACGCAGCACGCGCUGCACCUGAACGCGCAGAGCCGGAAAGAUAGGGACAGGCUUCUGCUCUUGGAUGAGAGAGCGCCCGGCGCUGCUGGUGCUGGUGGAUUGGGUGGGCGAAGCUCGUUCGACAUGACGAGGUCGGAGUAUGUGACGCCUAGCAGGAGUCCGGACUCAAGUCGGAGGACGAGCGCGCUUGUUGGGCCGAUGAUUGGGGGUGGAGAGAACCCGGCUGCUGUUACGCCGCCUUCGAGGAAGCUGAGGAAGGUGAAUAAUGAGGCUGCACUGGUGGAGGAGAAAGGUCGGACGGCGAAUAGGGUUGCCGGCUUGAAGAACUCGCUCGUCGAGCUAAGCGGAUUCUCAACAGCGACAACCCGACGACUAGACGAGACGUACUACUCGGUCCUCGAAAAGAAGAGCAUGCUGCAAAACACAAUCUCGGCGAUCCGCGAGCUGACGGAGGCCUCGCGGCAGAUGACGGGCGAGUUCGUCUCCGAGGCCGACGAGAUGGCGCGGGACGUGGCGGGCCAGCUCGACACUUUCGGGCAGUUCGGCGAGCAGGAGUCGCGCAUCAAGACGCUCCAGGGCCGCAUCGAGUCCGGGCGGACGAGGAUCGAGGGCUUGAGUGGUCGCGUCGACCUCGUAAGGCGGCGGAUCGAGGGGUGGGAGAGGGCGGACCGGGAGUGGCAGGAGAAGACGCGCAAGAGGCUGCGGGCCGUGUGGAUCGUCACGUCGGUGGUGUUUGCGGUGCUGAUUCUGCUGUUUGUGGGCGCGCAGUACCUCGGCGGGCCGACGGAUCCCGAGGGCGCUGCUGGGAGGGCGUUGAAGGGGCUUGAGAAAGGGGCGAAUCGGAGCGUGGAUGGGGCUGGGGGAGCGCUCAAGUUGUCGCCUUUGUGGGAGGAUAGACGGGGGCGGGAGGAGGAAGAGGAUCGGUUGAGGGUGUUUGACGAGCUUUGA